AUUCCUAAUUUCAAAUCUUUUUACAAUAUUCCCAAAAUAAAUAAGUACUUGUAUUCGUGAAAAAUUCCGACGAAGCAUAAGCAAGCUGAAGGCUGCCGCCGUAAUCAAUCUGAACAACAAUGGUGGUGGUGGCAGCUGGUACCACCACUUUCGUCAAGGAGAUGGCCAUCCGUAAACGCAUUUCCAAUAUAUUUAAUAAAAGAGAAGAUGAUUUUGCUUCGUUGCGAGAGUAUAAUGAUUACUUGGAGGAUGUUGAGGACAUGAUCGUGAACAUGGUUGAAGGAAUUGAUGUUCCUGCCAUUGAAGCGAGGAUUGCCCAAUACCAGAAAGAAAAUGCUGAACAAAUAAUGAUUUCCCAAGCUCGGAAGGCAGAAGAAUAUGCAGCAGCAUUGGCAGCGAGCAGAGGGCAGCCUGUUCAUAACGAGUUAGAUGCGGCUGCUGGUCAGAGCUUUCAAGCUACAAGUGGUGCAGGUGGGCAUUAUGUCCCUGCAGUUGCUGGCGGUACCAUAGCACAGCCAAUUCCAGUCGGAUCGGGACAUGAGAUGCUGGGUUAUCACUUUGAUGAUGAAGAAAUGAUGAAACUUAAAGCAAAAAAUGGUGGAAAAGCUGGAGGGUGGAGCAUAGAAUUAAGCAAGAAAAGAGAAUUUGAAGAAGCCUUUGGAAGCAUUUGGAUAUGAUUUCUUAGGUAGUGUACAACUAUUUUUGGUUAAAACCUUUUUGUUUAAAAUUUCAACUUUGUAAUGAGUGUAAAGAAAACCUUAUUUUCUUCCUGGCUGGCUAUUGGAAUUGUCCAAUGCCCUGUCAACAGGAAUUUGGAGUGAUAGGCAGGUGAUGUAUUUUGUGUUAUACAUCAGAAGUAAAAUUUUGAAGAAAGAUAUUGAUUGUAAACUUAAAUUAUCAAGUUGAUAAUUUUGACUAGCUA